UGAAGUUUUCUGUGUUCCACGACGUGUUGUUAGUUCCGCAAAUCUCAAGUAGACUAACAAGCAGGGCCCACCUUAAAGAAGCAAAACUUCUAAUGCAAUCCUCGAUCUGAAACCGUCAAGUGUGAACGCUUUCGUCUUUUUACUUUUGGGUGACCAUUCCCACUCACCAACAUGCCACUGGUGACACGGAACAUUGAGCCCAGGCACCUAUGCCGCCAGUCAUUGCCCAACACCAUCAAAAGUGAACUUGAGUGUGUGACUAACAUCACUCUUGCCAACAUCAUUCGUCAGCUGGGCUCUCUGAGUAAAUAUGCUGAGGAUGUGUUUGGAGAGUUGUUUGUCCAAGCCAGCACAUUUGCAGAGCGAGUGAGUACACUUGGGGAGAGAGUGGACCGUCUGCAGGUUAAAGUCACACAGCUGGAUCCCAAAGAGGAGGAGGUCUCCCUGCAGGCCAUUACCACGCGCAAGGCCUUCCGCUCCAGCCUGACCCAGGAUCAGCAGCUCUUCAUCCGCCCCUCCUUGCCCGUACCUGUGCAGGAUACCUAUUUGGUCUGCGAUGAGCCGCCACCUCUCAACAACCUCAGCGUCUACAGGGAUGAUGGCAAAGAGGCUCUGAAGUUCUACACCGAUCCCUCCUACUUCUUUGACCUCUGGAAAGAAAAGAUGCUGCAGGACACCAAAGACAUCAUGAAGGAGAAACGCAAGCAUAGGAAGGAGAAGAAGGAUAAUCCCAACCGCAGGAAUCAAAACCCACGGAAGAUUAAGACCCGCAAGGAUGAGUGGGAACGCCUCAAAAUGGGGCAGGAGUUUGUCACGCCCAAAAGUGGUGAUUCGAGAAACUCCUCUGAGGGUCUGAAUGGCAGUGCUGGCUCUGAUGAUGGAUUCAGUGGGGAGAUGGACUCCACUGGGUAUGACCUGGGUUCCCCCUUUCCUCCGCCAGCUCCUGAUGAUUUGCCUCCUCCACCACCCGACAUGUACUCUGAUCCUGGAGGUCAGCCUCAGAAGCGCAGCAGCCUUUUAAGUCCAGCCCACCCACCUCCAGCUCCUCCAAUGGCGUCCUCUCCUACUUUGCAAUCUAACAUAGCCCCACCCCCAGCCCCACCUCCUCCUCCACCGAGUGGCAUGGUCCCACCCCCUCCACCACCUGGCUGGGAUUCCACCCCAACUUCUACUCCCAAUGGCACCUCUCCUCCUGCUCCCCCACCUCCCCCCACACUUGCAGGGAUUGCACCACCACCGCCUCCUCCAGCUGCUGGAGGCCCACCACCUCCUCCUCCCCCUCCUCCCCCACCUGGUCCUCCCCCUCCCCCCUCUGCUGGACCUCCUCCUCCUGCUCCGAUUUCCUCUGGAGCCCCCAGCACAGCUCCACCAAAAGCUCAGCCUGCUCCUGCUGGUGAUGCAACACGCAGUGAUCUCCUGUCGGCUAUACGUCAAGGCUUCAACCUCCGUAAGGUGGAGGAGCAGCGGGAACAAGAGAAGAGGGACACUGUGGGCAAUGAUGUGGCUGCCAUCUUGUCCCGCCGUAUUGCUGUAGAGUGUAGUGACUCUGAGGAUGACUCCUCUGAGUUUGACGAUGAUGAUUGGUCUGACUGAGACUGAUCAUCUAUCUGUGUGUGUGUGUGUGUGUGUGUGUAUGUAUGCGUGUAUGCGUGUGUGUGUGUGUGUGCGCACAUGAUCUCACUCACACUACCUGUUUUAUCAUUAGAGUUCACCUUCAAGAGUAACCAGCAGCAUUGUAUUGACAGGAUACUUCUGUGUGUAUGUGUGUUUGUGCUGACUUGCUUGUAUGUUAGCUCCAUUAAAAACCAGGCCAGUGAUUCCUUCCUGCACCAUUUAAACCAAAUAGGUGAAUCUAAUAGAACCUCCCCAUCCCUACACAGAGGCAACAUAGUCCAAGUCAUCCAAAUAAUAAAGCAGGCUAAAUGGUCAAAUAUUUGGAAAGGAAAGAUCCACAGCAAGAAAACUGAUGGAACCCUGGUUCUCAUCUUGAGUAUUGUUGUUAUGCAUGUAUUGAUACUACCAUCCAUAGGGUGAUGGGAUUUUUUUAUAUCCCUGCAACCUAGAUGUAUCUUGUAUAACUAUGGCGAGAUGUCUGUUCAGGCAUCAGCUGAUAGACAGUACAAAACGUCAGGUGACAACACAUUGUUCCCCUAAUAUACUGUAUAUUUUUCAGCGACUGCCUAAGGUCUCUUAAUUUACAUGAAUUAUAGAUGCAACUCCCUUAUACUGACAGUAUUGCAGUAUCAGCUGUCUGAUUAUUUUCCUUCUCACAGAGUGCCACUUAUCACUUUUCCAUAAAACAGGUUGUUAUAGCUCUCUUUCACAUAUCUGCAAUAGGCAGUCUAAUUGGUUUUAUAGUGUCUUGACAUAUGGGGGAUAAGACUUAAGUGUAAGACACUUGCAUACAGCCAUUUCUGUUGGUUUUAGACCAGAUUUCUGCAGACUGACUGUUGAGCAGAUAAUGCCUAUUUGCAGACAAGUAUUCUAUUUUAAACUGUGUGGGAUUCAUGGAAUAGUUGUAUGUGUGUGAAAGAGAUGGUGUGUGUGUGUAUGUCUGUGUUUGAGUAAGUUGAGCAUGUUUGGUUGUUUGGAGAUAUAGCUCUUACUGACUUUAUGAAGUUUAUGACUUCAUAAUUGUUGCUUUGAUGCACACACAUAUACACACACACACUCACACACAGAGAGAGAGAGAGACACACUUUCUCAGACACACAGAUCCUGUGUGAAUCACUUUAUUGACAUAUUUUCUAGAAAGAAUCAAAAGAUUUAAAAUAACUUUUUUAUCUAUUCUUUUAUUUUGUACAAAAUGCUUUAGCCUUUGUCAUGUGUGUAGCUCUGGCCUGCAUUAUUCCCCUUGUCCCCAGUGUUGCAGCAUGGGAUUGUGUUUUCAAAUGUUUCACUGGCUCUGUUUGUGACAGUCGCCAAGUGGGGACCAAUCCAAAGAUACAUUCGAAAGUGCCUUGUAAUGUACUGAGUGCCUUAACUUUCAAAGCCAAAGCUUAAUGUCAGCCCCUUUGUUCUGCCAAGUCUGUAAUCAGACAACCAGUAAAAAUAUAUAUUUCACAUCUAACAUUUGCAUAUUUGUUGAGACUUUCUACAUGAUCAGUUGAAAAAAAUAAACCAAAUUAAUGUUU